CUCAGGACAUUGUUAUGUUGUUUUGCUUUGUUUAUAGGUAGGCUUCUGGAUGUUAUUGACAAAGAAGGCUUGAGGAACACCACAUUUAUUUAUUUUGCAUCUGAUCAUGGAGGAUCUGUAGAGGCUCACAGAGGAAAUGCCAGAUUGGGUGGAUGGAAUGGUAUCUAUAAAGGUGGAAAAGGAAUGGGAGGCUGGGAAGGAGGGAUCCGUGUUCCAGGAAUAGUUAGAUGGCCAGGAGUGUUGCCUGCAGGCAUAGUUAACAGCGAACCAACAAGCAUUAUGGACAUUUUUCCAACAGUGGUUCACCUGGCUGGAGGGAUAGUUCCUCAGGACAGGGUAAUCGACGGGCGCACCUUGCUGCCAUUACUGCAGGGAACAUUGCAGCACUCCGAGCAUGAGUUCAUGUUUCACUACUGUGGUGUGGUUUUGCAUGCAGUACGGUGGUACCAGAAAGACAGAGGUACCAUAUGGAAAGCUCAUUAUGCUACUCCGCUGUUCCAACCAGAGGACUCUGGAGCUUGCUUUGAAAGAGGAAUUUGCCCAUGUUUUGGGGAUGGCGUAACCCAUCAUGACCCUCCACUGCUGUUUGAUCUCUCACAGGAUCCUUCAGAGGAAAAUCCCAUAGUCAAGGACACUGAGCCUUUGUUUGAUUCUGUAAUGAAGAGAAUAGGAAAAGCUGUAGAAGAACACCGUAAGACGCUGACCCCAGUCCCACAGCAGCUGUCUCCUUACAAUAAUGUGUGGAAGCCAUGGCUGCAGCCAUGCUGUGGCACAUUUCCAUUCUGUUGGUGUGAUAAAGAAAGCGAGAAAGCUGAUGGCACACUUUAAUACCAAAAUAAAAAUAGAGUUAGUUUAAAAAAAAA